AUGCCUCUCCCUGACACCGUUGAGCUGCCCGCUGGCUUCGACGCCCACGUCCACCUACGUGAUGGCGACAUGUGCAAGAUCGUUGCCCCGACUGUCCGCCAGGGCGGAGUGAACCAGGCCCUUAUCAUGCCCAACCUGGCACCCACCCCCGUGACUACCGUCAAGAUGGCCCUGGACUACUCCGCACGCAUCAAGCAGGCCAUGGGCAAGGACGAAGUCGACCUGCUUAUGACCCUCUACCUCCACCCGGAUGUCACCCCUGAGACCAUUAAAGAAGCGAAGAAGGCCGGUGUUGCCGCCGUCAAGAGUUAUCCCGCUGGCGUCACGACCAACAGCUCCGCCGGCGUCGUGGACUACGACGCCUUCCACGAGGUCUUCAAGGCCAUGGAGGAGGUCGACCUCAUCCUCUGCCUUCACGGCGAGUGCCCGUCCCACGCUGGCAGCGACAUCACAACUCUCAAUGCCGAGUCCAAGUUCCUUCCCACUCUCAAGGCACUUCAUGCCAAGUACCCUAAGCUCAGGAUCAUUCUCGAGCAUUGCACAACCGCCGAGGCUGUUGAGGCUGUCAAGUCAUGCGGCCCCAACGUCUCUGGGACGAUCACAUGCCACCACCUCUUCAUCACCAUCGACGAUGUCGUCGGAGACGCGCUGAACUUCUGCAAGCCCGUUGCCAAGCUCCCCGCCGACCGCAAAGCCCUACUCAACGCCGUCGUCCACAGCAACGGCAAGUUCUUCCUCGGCACCGACUCGGCCCCGCACCCCAUCACCUCCAAGACGGGCCCAUCCAAGGCCGCCGCUGGCGUCUUCACCCAGCCCUACGCCGUGCAGUACCUCCUCGCGGCCCUCGACGAGGCCGUCGCUCGCGGCGAACUCCGCGACGAGGACAUCACCCAGGAGCGCCUUGAGGGCUUCGUCAGCGGCUACGGCCGCAAGUUCUACGGUACUGAGGAUGUCCGAAAGGAGCGCGUCCGCCUCACACGCGGUGGCGCUGUUGUCAACCAGAUGUUCGAGGGCACGGGUAUUCAGGUCGUGCCUUUCCGUGCGGGCAAGGAGACUUGGAGCCUGGAGUGGCUAUAG